AUGAGAAAUGAUAGAUCAGGAUCACCUGUAUCCAGUUCUGUGUCUAUAAAGAGUGACUGCUCCAUUGGUGUUCCACCGAAUCUCAGUGAAGAAACACCAACAGCUACUAAAAGUGAUAGAUCAGGAUCACCUGUAUCCAGUUCUGUGUCUAUAAAGAGUGACUGCUCCAUUGGUGUUCCACCAAACCUCAGUGAAGAAACACCAACAGCUACUAAAAGUGACAGAUCAGGAUCACCUGUAUCCAGUUCUGUGUCUAUGAAGAGUGACUGCUCCCUUGGUGUUCCACCAAACCUCAGUGAAGAAACACCAACAGCUACUAAAAGAGACAGAUCAGGAUCUGUAUCCAGCUCUGUGUCUGUGAAGAGUGACUGCUCCAGAGGUAAAGGAGCAAACGUCAAUGAGAAAACACCAACAGCUACCAAAAGAGACAGAUCAGGAUCUGUAUCCAGCUCUGUGUCUGUGAAGAGUGACUGCUCCAGAGGUAAAGGAGCAAACGUCAAUGAGAAAACACCUACAGCUACCAAAAGUAACCAGGGGCAGAAGAACUUAAUAAAUAUUGGUGCAGAGAUUACUCGGUGGAAAACUCUAAAACAACAAAAGAAAAUAAAGAGUGAUGAAGAACUGGCAUCUUUUCUUCUGAACAGGGUUCAGAUUAAGACAUCAGAUGCAGGCAUCCAGAGUAACAGGUUUCGCAAACAUUUCAGAGACAAUCUUUUAUGGAUCUUCCAGGAUCUUGAGAAUAAAGUAAUCAUAUUUCUGAAGAAUGAGUUGGAAAGGUUUAAGAAGAUAUUGAAAAAAGAAAACACACAAUACUUUGUGAAGGACUUUCAAGAGGACAGAAACAACAUCAAAGAAGCAGUUCUUGAUAUCACGCUCUACUUUCUUAGAGAUAGGAAGCAUGAUGAACUUGCUGAUAAGCUGGAAGAUGAGCUGGUCUUCAUUCACCACCAAAAAAAACUAAAAUCAAACCUGAAGAAAAAAUAUGAAUGUGUAUUUGAAGGAAUUGCAAAGCACGGUGACUCAACGCUUCUAAAUAAGAUCUACACAGAUCUCUACAUCACUCAGGGUGAAGGUCAACAAAUCAAUACUGAACAUGAAGUAAGACAGAUUGAGGCUGCUUCCAGGCGUCUAGAAACACCAGAGAUUCAGAUUGAAUGCACACAUUUAUUCAAGCAACCUGGACAAGACCAGUACAUCAGAACUGUGCUAACAAAAGGAGUUGCUGGCAUUGGAAAAUCUGUCUCGGCUCAAAAGUUUGUUCUGGACUGGGCUGAAGGAAAAGAAAAUCAGGAUAUCAGCUUCAUAUUUCCUCUUCCUUUUCGAGAGAUGAACUUAAAGGAGAAAGUAAUACAAAGUCUGAUGGACCUUAUAAGUCAGUUUUUUCCAGAGAUAAAAGGACUGAACCUUACAAGAAAUGACAAAUUUAAAGUGCUGUUCAUAACCACCAGACCAGCAGCGGCUGUUAAGAUCCCACCUGAAUGUAUUGACCGGGUGACAGAGGUACGAGGAUUCAAUGAUGAACAGAAAGAGGAGUACUUCAGAAAAAGAUUCACUGAUGAGAAUAUGGCCGACACAAUCAUUGAUCAUGUUAAAAAAUCAAAGAGUCUCUUCAUCAUGUGUCACAUCCCAGUCUUCUGCUGGAUUUCAGCCACUGUCCUUCAGAACAUUCUGGAGAAGAAGAGAAACGAUCAGUCUGAUGAUACAACAUCUGAAUAUACUCCUAGAACUCUGACACAAAUGUACACACAUUUCUUUCGCUUUCAGAUUCAACAGAGCAGAAGAAAGUAUGAAGGAAAAUAUUCUCCUGAUAUUUCCUGGGAUAAAGAGUCAAUCCUUUCACUGGGAAAACUGGCAUUUCAAAACCUGGAAAGAAACAAUUUGAUCUUCUAUGACUCAGACUUGGAGGCCUGUGGCAUUGAUAUAACUAAAGCAUCAGUUUACUCAGGGAUGUGCACACAGAUCUUUAAACAGGAAACAGGGAUCAUUACUGGUACCAUGUACUGUUUUGUUCACAUGAGCAUUCAGGAGUUUACUGCAGCUCUGUAUGCACAUCUGUUUCUAGACAUCAACAAGAAAAAUGCUUUUGUUCAAGAGCACAAAGAAAACAGCAAUGAUACAAUGAUUGGUUUACUAAAGACUGCAGUGGAUAAAGCACUUGAGAGUGAAAAUGGACAUCUGGAUCUUUUCCUUCGCUUUCUUCUCGGUUUGUCGCUUGAGUCCAAUCGUCCGCUCUUACGAGGUCUUUUAACACAAGAAGAGAGCAAUGAACAGAGCAACAAGGAAAUAGUGGAGUACAUCAAGCAGAAAUUUAAUGAUAAUUCAUCAGCAGAGAGAUCCAUCAAUCUGUUUUACUGUCUGAAUGAACUGAAUGAUCAAUCUCUGGUGAAGGAGAUUCAAAAGCAUCUUAGAGAAGGAAGUCUCUCAUCUGCUGACCUUUCACCUGCUCAGUGGUCUGCUCUGGUCUUUGUGUUGCUGACAUCAGAAGAAGAACUUGAGGAGUUUGAGCUUCAGAAAUUCAAGAAAUCAGAUGAAUGUCUCAUUAGAUUAUCACCAGUUGUCAAAACCGCCAAAAAGGCUUUGCUAAAUGAUUGUAAUCUAACAGAUAAAGGAUGUUCAGCUCUGGCUAAUGUUCUGGGGUCAGAUAGCCGUCUGAAAGAGCUCAAUAUGAGCAAUAAUAAUCUGAAGGAUUCAGGAGUCAAGCUGAUCUGUGAUGGACUCAUGAACACAAAGUGUGAAUUAGAGAUCCUGAGACUAUCAGACUGCAGUAUUGGAGAAGAAGGUUAUGUUGCUUUAUGUUCAGCUGUGAGAUCAAACCCAUCACAUCUGAUAGAGCUGGAUCUCAGUGGAAAUGAUCCUGGAGAAUCAGGAGUCAAACUCAUCUAUCAUUUAAUACAAGAUCAAAACUGUGCACUGAAGAAAGUCAGAUUAUUACAGACUUCUGCUGCAGCUGAAGGCUUCAAGUAUCUGAGUGAAACUCUUGUUAUAAAUCCUUUACUCCAGAGAGAACUGAAUCUGAAUGAUCAUAAACUAAACAACACAAGAGUGAAACAGAUCUGUGAUCUACUGAAGGAUAAACACUGUAGACUCAACACACUCAGAUUAAGUGGUUGUGGUCUAACAGAAGAAAGUUGUUCAGCUUUAGCUUCAGUUUUAAGAUCAAAGUCCGGUCUAAAAGAGCUCGACAUGAGCAACAAUAAUCUACAGGAUUCAGGAGUCAAGACACUUCACAACGGAUUAGAAAAUACAAACUGUCAACUACACAAACUCAGACUCUCAGACUGUAGUAUUGGAGAAGAAGGUUAUGUUGCUUUAUAUUCAGCUGUGAGAUCAAACCCAUCACAUCUGAUAGAGCUGGAUCUCAGUGGAAAUGAUCCUGGAGAAUCAGGAGUCAAACUCAUCUAUGAAUUAAUACAAGAUCCCAAAUGUGCACUGAAGACUGUCAGAUUUUUACAGAGUCGUUCAGCAGAAGAAGCUCGUCAGUAUCUGAAUAAAGUUGUUGGUAAAGAGAUUUUACUCCAGAGAGAUCUGAAUCUGAAUGAUCAUAAACUAAACAACACAAGAGUGAAACAGAUCUGUGAUCUACUGAAGGAUAAACACUGUAGACUCAACACACUCAUGUUAGGUCAGUGUGGUUUAAAAGAUGAAGGUGUUUCUGCUCUGACCUUAGCUCUACAUUCAAAUCCUUCACAUCUGAGACAGCUGGACCUGAGUGGAAAUAAACUAUCAGACACUGAUGUUGAAUCUCUUUGUUUUCUACUGGGAAAUCCACAAUUCAAGCUGGAAACACUGGGGUUGUGUGGAUGCAGUAUUACAGAGAAACAGUGUGUUAAACUGAUUUCAGCUCUGUGUACAAACCCUUCACACCUGAGAGAGCUGAACCUCAGUGACAAUACACUUAAAGACUCAGGAGUGAAACACUUGUGUCAUCUAUUGAAACAUUCAGACUGCAAACUGGAGAAACUGAAGUUGUGUAAAUGCAGUAUUAAAUAUGCAAGGUGUGAUGAACUGAUUUCAGCCCUGUGUUCAAACCCUUCACACCUAAAAGAGCUGAACCUCAGUGAGAAUAAAAUCAAGGACACAGGACUGAAUCUUUUAUCUAACCUACUGAAUAAUUCAGACUGUAAACUGAACAAACUGAGUCUAAACAAGUGUAAAAUCACAGAUGUUGCUCCAUUACUUAAGACUUUGGCUGAUACAACAACAUUGAGGUUUCUUGAUCUGAGUAAUAAUCAUAUAAACGACUCGUCACUGAAUCAGCUUCGUGAAGUACUAAAGAGAUCAAACUGUGAACUCAGACUAGAAAGUAAAGGUUGGUUACCAUGGAACUUAAAAAUGCCUGGGUUAUGGGGUGAACAGUCAUCAUCAGAUGAAGAAAAGGAGGACACUUCAUCUCAAAAAAGCUUUACACCAAAGGAUGAAGCAGAAGCUGAUCAGAGCACAGAUGGAUCAAGUGUAGACCAAAAUAUGGAGACUCCAGUAUAA